GUUGGCCAAAACUGUGUUAGUUUGAUUUUGUGAACGGGACUUAGUAGAUAGUAACGGAAUUUCCCCACGCAAUGAAACUGUUUGUAAUACUUUCCGCAAUUGUGGCAGUUGGUUGUGCUAUGCCACAAUUUGGUGGCGCCAAUGCCAACUCUAACGCUAAUGCGCAAGCAGGGGCUCAAGGUGGUGCUGGAGGACCCUUUGGUUAUCAACCUGGUUUUGGUGGUGGCUUUGGCCGAAAUCCUGGUUAUGGUGGCGGUUUUGGCGGAAAUCGUGGUUAUGGUGGUGGCUUUGGCCGCAAUCCCGGCUAUGGUGGUGGUUUUGGUGGAGUUCCUGGAUUCGGAGGGGGUUUCGGUUACAACCCUGGUUACGGUGGUUCACCCGGCUUUGGUUCACAAGGCUUUGGUUCACCCGGUUUUGGCAAUGCCAACGCCAACGCCGAUGCCAGUGCGAACGGUGGUUUCGGAGGAAGUUCGGCCAGUGCAAAUGCUGGUGCAUCUGCUAGCUCUGGUGGCUUCGGUGGCUUCGGUGAUUCCAGUUCCAAUGCAAAUGCCAAUGCAGGAGCUGGAGAUUUUUAAAAAUAAAAACAAUUGUAUUAUAAAUUGUGGAUAAAUUUCUAUACAUAUGCUCACAUUGUCAUCCAGCACAUUAAAUUGUGCUCAUAUAUUUCAGACUGCUCAAUUGCGCUUCACUAGGAUAUAAUUAAUUUAUAAUUAUUGCCAAUAUUUGGAAAAUUGAAAAAAUAAAAAAGUCCGCUAUAAGUUAA